CAAAGAGCUUUGGUGUAAUCUUUGCAAAUUGUUGAUCACGUUUAUACUGUAUAUUAAAUAGCUAUUUGUUUUUAUUACUCAUUGAUAGCAAACUAGAGAACGAUUAAAAUAUGGCAAUCCUUGAUCGUUUACAUAAAGUGGCUGUUACUGGUCUGUUAGGACUAACCGGUGUGUUAGGUAUUACUUUGGGCACGCAGUUGUAUACUUAUUUCAUAGUGGAACGGCCUGAAAAGCAGAAGGAAAUUGAAAAGGGAGUUAGCUCAGAAGGAAAGACAGUUGAACAAAUCACUAUGGCCAGUUUGAUAGGUAGAAAAAUUUCGAACUUAUUCAACAUUGCUAAGCUUAUGCCCCAAAGUCAGUGCUGUUAUUCUGUAAUUAACAAGGAAAGGGCUUGGAAUGUGCUUAGAGUCAAUCAUCUUGCCAUAGCUUCUGAAAAUAUGGAAAAAAAUAUUCAACUUUAUCGAGAUGUGUUAGGUAUCAAGACAAGUGAAACAGUACCAUUACCUGAUCAUGGAGUUUCUACAGUUUUUGUUGAAUUAUCAAAUAUGAAAUUGGAAUUACUUAUUCCUUAUGGCAGCGAAAGUCCAAUUGGAAAUUUUCUGCAAAAGAAUCCAUCAGGUGGAAUGCACCAUAUAUGUUUAGAAGUAGAUAACAUAAAAAAUGCAGUGAAAGAUCUAAAAGAAAAGAAAAUACGAAUGCUGAAUGAAGAACCUAAAAUCGGAGCUCAUGGUAAACCUGUUGUAUUUUUGCAUCCUAAGGACUGUGGUGGUGUGUUAAUUGAGCUUGAGGAAGUAUGAACAUUGGGCUUAGAAGUAACAAGUAAAUUGCUCAAUACUAAGGGCAUUAUGCUUGAUUUGCUAUGCAUUUAAAAAUAAGAAUCUCUGUUUAAAAUGCUAGAAAAAUAUUAUAUAACAUAUUAUAUACAUAUAUAUAUAUAUUAUAAGUAAAUUUUCACGUUAAUUUUUACUGCCAAAUCUCCACUGAGAGAUUGUACAAUUUUGAAAAGUAUGCUAUUUUUGUUAAGCUCUACACAGUGAAAAUGUUUCAAAAAGUACACUAUUUUUGUUAUACACAUUUGUUAAGCUCUAUACAGGGGAAAUGUUUCAAAGGAUAAUUCUUGACCAUAGAAAUGCAUUUCUACUCCCUCCCAGAUAGCAUUCGAAAAUAAACAUUUGCUCAUUUGUGCCUUUAAUUUUCAAAUACGGAGAGAGGGUAAAUAUCCUUCUGCCUCUCUAAGCUGGAGAAAUAGGAUAGUUCCUGUUUCACAGCUGAAGUAAUCUUAAAAUGAAGGAGUAUGAAUCUUUUUAAAUAGUACAUAUACUGAAAACAAGUCUAGUAACAAACAAUAAUACUAAUACCUAAUAUUUCCUGUAUAUUUGUAAAAGUGUAAAUUACUGUACUUAAUUAUACUUUGUUUUCUAAUUUCAAAGUUUAGCAUUACAUAUAUUGGUUAUUAGUUUUAGUUAAUAAAUGGAAAUGUUUGAUCAUUUAUUUCUUGCACACAUCAAAAUUUAUUGUAAAAUUUGAGUAAAUAUUUUACUUUGGAAAUCUAUAUCUUUUUUUUUUUUCAAUGUGAAUGUCUUCCUUUGUCUCGUAUUAAAUGUAUAAUUAAUAAGAAUCUUAAAUGUUGGGCAUUUGAUACUAUGAAAGUUUCAAAAUGUAUCCUGUGUUAUGACAUAUCUGUACCUAUAUGAGCUUUACUUCAAAGAGUGCAUUGUUGUGCUGAGAUGUUAUCAUUUUCACAUUCAUAAUUCAACAUUUCAUCACUGUUAGGAUCAUUUUAGGUCUUUUGGCAGGAGAGUAAAGAAUCCGAUUUGUAAUGAUGCAAUAAACUUAUAUAACUAGA